AAACUUUUUGAGAGUGGAAGACCAGACAACAAUGGCAGAGAGAGAUAAUAUUAUAUAAUAUACACAGAUACAUACACACUAUCUACACAUUCCAACCAAAUCCCGCCAUAAUGUUGGGGAUGAUGAUGAUGAUGGAGUACAAGAUCUGCUGUUAGCUUUAAUCAACUGGUUUAAACGCAUUUCUUUUACCCAAAACGACACCGUUGAGCAAUCACAGUCAUCAGCUGGGGAGUUUUGAUUUGAGCCCAUCAAAGUAGCGGAGAGAAUCAAUUCCAUAGUCGCCUUCAUGGACCCUUCUCCUCAUAACAAGACAAUGCUUGACAAAGAAUUUUUCACAGAAUAUGGGGAAGCAAGUCAAUAUGAAAUCCAAGAAAUGGUUGGCAAAGGUAGCUAUGGUGUUGUUGCUUCUGCAAUUGAUACUCAUACUGGAGAGAAAGUAGCUAUUAAGAAAAUCAAGGAUGUCUUUGAGCAUGUCUCGGAUGCUACUCGCAUUUUAAGAGAAAUAAAGCUCCUUAGAUUGCUGCACCACCCCGAUAUAGUCGAAAUCAAACACAUUAUGCUGCCUCCAUGUAGAAGGGAGUUCAAAGAUAUCUAUGUUGUGUUUGAGUUGAUGGAGUCUGAUCUUCACCAUGUCAUUAAGGCAAAUGAUGAUCUCACUCCUGAGCAUCAUCAAUUUUUCCUUUAUCAGCUACUUCGAGCUCUGAAGUUCAUACAUACCGCAAAUGUGUUUCAUCGUGAUUUGAAACCGAAAAAUAUACUAGCUAAUGCAGACUGCAAACUGAAAAUCUGUGACUUUGGACUUGCCCGGGCAGCAUUUAAUGAUGCCCCAUCUACUGUUUUUUGGACUGAUUAUGUUGCAACUCGAUGGUAUCGUGCCCCUGAACUUUGUGGCUCAUUCUUCUCCAAGUAUACUCAUGCUAUAGAUAUUUGGAGCAUAGGAUGUAUAUUUGCAGAAAUGCUGACGGGCAAGCCAUUGUUUCCUGGAAAAAAUGUUGUGAAUCAAUUGGAUCUAAUUACCGAUUUGACUGGCACCCCUUCUGAGGAAUCAAUUGCAAGGAUUCGGAAUGAGAAGGCAAAGAGAUAUCUGAAUUCGAUGAGGAAAAAGCAACCGAUUCCUUUGUCACAGAAAUUCCCUAAGGCGGAUCCUUUGGCUCUUCGUUUACUUCAACGUCUACUGGCAUUUGAUCCUAAAGAUCGCCCUUCUGCUGAACAGGCCUUGGCAGAUCCCUAUUUUUUUGGAUUGGCGAACUUGGAAAAUGAACCAUCUAGACAACCCAUCUCGAAGCUUGAAUUUGAUUUUGAGAGGACGAAAUUAAUAAAGGACGACGUAAGAGAGCUAAUAUAUAGAGAGAUUUUAGAGUAUCAUCCGAAGAUGUUGCAGGAGUACCUCCAAGGUUCAGACGAUAGCGGCUUCAUGUAUCCAAGUGGAAUCGAUCAAUUCAAGCGACAAUUUGCCCAUCUCGAGGAGCACUACAGCGAAGGUGAAAGAAGCACUAGUCCACUCGAAAGGAAGCAUGCUUCUUCCCUACCUAGGGAACGGAUUUGUGUCCACAUAGAUGAUGAUUCCGAGCAAAAUGAUCAUAAGAAAAACUCUACAGGUUCACUUGGCCGAGCAGCUAUUCAGAGCCCUCCACGAGAAAAACCCGAAUCUGCAUACAAAUAUGGACCAGUUAUUCGAAAUGGAUGUAGCAAGCCUAAGAAUAGUCCUAAAUGCUUAUUGAGAAGUGCUAGUAUUAGUGCAUCUAAGUGUGUUCAACACACUCAUUGAAUUCGGAAGAUAGAGAGAGAGGAGCAAAAAUGAAGAAGAGGCCAUCAAUAAUGGUGGUAUUGUUGUUGAGAGUAAAAACUACACACAUUUCUAGUCUUACUUAUAUUUAUGAACAAAAAAAAAAGACUUAAUUCUGUCUGUUAAACCCAUAAUUUAACAGGGUUUAGUGGCAAUAAUUGGAUUAUUGUGAUAUUUUUAAGGUUAUAUUUGUUAUAAUUUAUAUAUAUAUAUAUACACUAUUUCACUCAACUAUAAUGGUGAUUUGGUUUACUACUACUAA